AUGUACUUGCCCGAUAGCACAUGGACAUGGGCUUUCAUGCUCAUCGUUCUCUUUCAAGCCAUCGCCAGCUUGGGCCUGGAGGCAUAUGUAUUCGGAGAGUUCCAGCACAAUCUGCACAGUCAAGGUCCUACUCCGACCAAGACGAUCCCCACAUAUCUGGCCCUGUUCAUCUUCGGAUACAUAUACGAACUGGCACUGGCCUGGGACGCACUGAGGCUGAAGAACACCAUUCAGGUGAUUGGGAUAUGUCUCUACAACCUGGGCAUGCUCAUUUACUCGUCCGUGCAGAUGGACCAGGUCAACGAAGCUGUGAAAGAGCUCCGGAAGGUGAAUGACAUUGGGCCGGAGACGUGGGAUAACCUGAAGCCGUUCUUGGUUGCAGCACCCUGUGUGGUGGCAUUGGGAACUGUCUGUCUCGCCUUCGUAGCAUGGAAGCUCUACAACGAGUUCGCCUGGACCAUCUACAAGCACAUCUCUGCAGAUCUGCGCUUGAAGAGGCGAUAUCUGAUUUACCAGGUCAGCCAAACUCACCCACACCGGCUCCAGACAGUCUGCUGACAUAGCACCCACAGAUCUACAUUGCUCUCCUCAAAUUCGAUUUCUUCUUCUUCCUUGGCUUCACGGUCCAAUUCAUCGUCGUGGUCCAAGGAAACUCCGAUCCCGAGUUCUACCUCACAAUCGCCGCAAUUCCGGUCACAAUCAUCAUCCUCCUGCUCGCCGCAGUCUUCACCCGAAGAGAAUGGUACGUUGGCCAAGCAUGCAUCAUCAUCAUCUAUUUCGGAGCCAUGGCAUACUUCGUCUUCAAACUGGUGCGAAUGUACACAUUCCCCAAGAAGCACAACUACGACGCGGCGCGAACAUCCCUGACAACAUUCGCCGUCAUCACGAUCUUGCUACUGAUCGUGACCAUUCCGACGGCUUUUAUAUGCAUGGCAAACUUCAACAAAGGACUGAAGCCGCAUAUCCAGAGGAGGAAGCUUCCCGCGGCGAAUGAGCUCGACAAUGGCAAGUGGAGCGCUGGAGAGUACACCGGUGCACCGCACCCGCUGGGUCAGGUACCGACGAGGAUGACGAUCGACUAG